AAAGUAGUGAAGCGUGGCGGCGGCAGCAACACAGAGUCCCUCCACUCCCCACGAGGAGAGCCACGAGUUGAGCAGGAAUGCCAAGUUCAACCCCAGCAGGGCCGAAGCGAGGUUAAGGAGGAUCUGUGAAGGAUAGUCUCGACGCAGUUUUCUGAAGAAAAGGUUGUGUCUAUCUUGUACCGUCCCCAUGAUGCACUGACCUGACAUGUUGGCAGUUGACGCAGCUAUUGAUGUCAUGACUGGUGGACGCUUCGUUGGAUCGGAAGGGAAAUGGUCUAAAGUUACCUGCCGUGAGUUCCACCUGGUUUCCAUUGAUGUACAGCGUGGGCCUAUCUUCAGUGUGCGACCACGUCACACAGAGCAAAUGCCAUUCAUUUGGAGGGAGAUCGACAGAGGCUGUAGUCCACCUGGAGCCCAACAACCAGACCACCACUGCACCCUCCUGGCCCCCUAAACCUAAACUAGCACACGGCAUCCGUGGAUGGCGGUACAUAAAGGCAGUCCACGGAGACGCAGAUCUUUGCGAACUUGAUGUCAUAGCAAGGGCUGCAGUAGACGUCAUUUCCUUUGGCGAUGAAGCUCUGCGAUGCCAUCGGUCGCUUGCAAUGGGAGCAGACUCACCGCUGUUCCAGCUAUUGAGUCUGGCCACCAUUCCAGCGGAUACAAUUUCCAGGGCGGAGCAAGCCACAGCAAACAGACAGCAGAGUGGACCAAUCAGCGACGGGCAGACAUGACUCAUGUAAACAGUACCUAGUUCCCGUUGCUGUUCUUCACGUCAGGAUCCCCUCCUGCAGUUGCUUUCGACCGGGAGAACCGCCUUCAGAUCCCAUUUUGUUCUUCUACAGAGGCUGUUGCUGCUUUCCCCCCGGCACAGACUUCUCUUGUGAGUCCCGAUCCGAUCCGAUUUUUUUUUUUUUUUUUUUUUUUUAGAUCGGACAACGGGCUCGCGAUGAGAGGCAACUUCUUCCUACAGCGCCCUUUUCUCUCAGCACAGCGUGUCACUCGAGCCAGUUUUGCCAGACAACAUCCAGAUGUCGACUGCGUUGUGUUGCAUCUGGAGAAAGUGAAAUGUACCUGGAACAGACAUGACAAUCUAUCAGUCAAUUAUACCUUCUUCAGCUGGUUUCAUGGUAAAAAAGCCAGCACAUGUGAGACGUACCUGACAAACAACAGUCUUACAAAUGGCUGCAUUCAGCCAUAUGGUGACAAACUUAACAGGUUCUACACAUUUUACACUAAUCUGGUGUACGGCAAUGACAGUUUUCCGAAGGAACAUGAACUUUUACACAAAGUUAAGUUAUACCCACCAACUAACUUGACCGUUCAGAACGGAUCUGACUUGAAUCUAUGGUUCUACUGGAAUCAGACGGAUCCAAAAUGUGUACAGAAUGAGGUUCGCUACAGGACCAACUACAAGAAGUGGGAUACAUAUACAGUCACUGAUGGCAAACAAAAUUACUGCAUCAACUUGCCCUCCAGCCGUUCCCAGUAUGAGCUUCAGGUGAGGAGCAGAUUAUCUAAAGUGUGUGCAGAUUCUGGCUGGGGCGACUGGAGUGAGCCUGUAUUCUGGGGAUCAAGCAACAGCACAGAAAGUGAGCAAGUCAAUGGUUCCAUGUUUGUGUGGAUAAUUGUGUACGUUCUGGCUCCUGUCAUACUCAUCCUACUUGUCGUGCUGUUGCUGCGUUAUGAGAGGUUUCGAGUCAUCUUCAUUCAUGUGGUACCUAAGCCUUCGCUGAUUCAAGACGCUGAGUCUUGGCUUCCAAUUCCCAAAGGCCUCAAGGAAGGCUUCAAGGCAAACUACCAUGAGAAGGCCUGUUGUGUUCGAGAGUACCACCAAUGACCAGUCUGACAACCACCGGUUCAAGCUCUUCUCUCACUAGUGCAAAAAAUACUCAAGACGCAGCUUCUGCUCUCAAAUUAGCUAUGGUACUGUAUCUAUAAAUGAUUGGCUCUACAAAUCUUGCUUUCCACUAAACACAACUAAAACUGUUUAUAUGAUGUUUAUAAAGAAACCUUUGUGCAUCAAACAUUUAGGAGUAUUUUUGGGAGGACAGGAACUGCAAAUGGUCUCUGAAUUCAAGUACCUUGGAGUGACAUAUGAUUCCACACUGUCUUUUAAAAAAGCCAUAUUCAUAAGCGGAUUUUCAGGGGGGCAAGCCCCCCCGCCCCCGGUAGCUGAAAAGUGUAAUUGCAUGUAAUUGACUUUCCUAAACAGUAUCUGAUUUCAAAAUUAAGAAUUUUCCGGUAAAAUAUUGUUGAUAAAAGUUGUAAAGCAAUAAAACAAAAAUGAAACAAAAAACAACAACAUAUUUUUAUAAUGGGUCAAAAUUAUUUUUUCGAACAGAUUAUGUGACUAGCGCUUUAGAAGGUCAUUUGCUUUGCUUAGCCAAAACCACCCGAGGACCGAAAAGGCAGAUGGAUAUACGUACAUUUUUUCAAACCUAAGCUUUCAAAAGCGACAACAACUACUGAGCAAGAACCAAGGAUUGAAAAUGUAGACCAUGAAACGCUAGAGACCACUGUCAAAAUGGUGAGUGGAGUUUCAAUUUGCCCCACUAAAGACUGAAGAAGAUUGUACAACAGAGCCACCACUGGUGUCUUGCCAAUGUAGUUACCCCUGUCAAAAAUUGUAUCCCCUGGUCGCGGGAUACACAUUAGCUAUGAGUUAUGUCGACUUGAUUAAUUGAAGCCAGAAAAGAACCACAGUUAUAUUUUUGGACAUCAACGUUUAUUAAACUGGAGAAACACCGUACCGGUCUUGAAUUACAGUAAUAACAGUUAUAGGUCAUCCUACGAGUAAAACAGUAAAACAUUAGCCAUUUUAUAAGAAUAUGUAAUACAGUGAAAUUCAACCUGAACAGUUUUAAACAAAUAAGGUCUUUCAUAACACGUGGGGCUGCUAGAAUGUUUCUACACUCAAUGAUUUGAUCACACAUUGAGUAUUGCAUACAUGUUGGCAACUUGCAGAUGUAUAUACAUGCAGUGACAUAAAAUUACUCAACAAAAAAUCUUUAAAGGUCUUUGCAGAAAACCAAUGUCAUUCCAAGUUUGUAACAUUUUUUAAAAAGUACGAUUUACUUAGCCUUGAAAAUUUUAAAUAUUUUAAAACGGCUUGUCUAAUGUACAAGGUGUUACAUGGUAGGCUUGAACGGUAUUGGAAAAAACUAUUGUUGCGAUUUUUGGGGGGUUUGUGAUAUAUUACGAUAUUAUAUUGCGAUAUUUAAAAAAAAAUAUAUAUAUAUAUAUAUAUACACAUAGAUUAGGACUGUCAAAAUUAUCGCAUUAACGGGCGGUAAUUAAUUUUUUAAAUCAAUCACGUUAAAAUAUUUGACGCAAUUAACGCACAUGCCCCGCUCAAACAGAUUAAAAUGACAGCAAAGUGCAAUGUCCACUUGUUACUUGUCUUUUUUUGGAGUUUUGUCGCCCUCUGCUGGCACUUGGGUGCGACUGAUUUUAUGGGCUUCAGUACCCAUGAGCAUUGUGUAAUUAUUGACAUCAACAAUGGCGGGUUACUAGUUUAUUUUUUGAUUGAAAAUUUUACAAAUAGUAUUCAAACGAAAACAUUAAGAGGGGUUUUAAUAUAAAAUUUCUAUAACUUGUACUAACAUUUAUCUUUUAAGAACUUCAAGUCUUUCUGUCCAUGGAUCGCUUUAACAGAAUGUUAAUAAUGUUAAUGCCAUCUUGUUGAUUUAUUGUUAUAAUAAACAAAUACAGCACUUA